ACACACCAUGCCACAACUCAAAGUCCUCAUCUGCGGCGCAGGCAUCGCAGGCAACGCACUAGCAUUCUGGCUCUCAAAGCUCGGCCAUGAGACCACCGUCAUUGAACGAUUCCCAAAGAUACGCGCGAGUGGACUCCAGGUAGACCUCCGCGGACCAGGCAUUCAGGUGAUGCGACGAAUGGGCCUGGAGGAAGCCUUCCGUGCUCGGUCCGUCUCGGAGCAAGGUCUACAGCUCGUCGAUCACAAAGGUAAAAGCUGGGGAUAUUUCCCUGCAAACCGUUCCGGGAAAGGGUUGCAGAGCUUCACAACCGACUUUGAAAUCAUGAGGGGAGAUCUAUGUCAGCUUUUGUACGAUGUUACCAGGGAUCGUGUCGAAUAUCGUUUCGGCACUUUUGUUAGAGAGCUGAAGCAAAUGGACGAUUACGUUGACGUCCUUUUCUCUGAUGAGAGCAGAGAGCGGUUCGAUCUUGUUGUAGGAGCAGAUGGCUCCGGGUCUCAUACUCGGAAGAUGAUACUAGGUUCUAGCGCUAAAGACCCGGUUCACCCGCUCGGGGUGUAUGCUGGAUAUUUUACGAUCCAAGAGUCGGUUCAACCAGGCGAGGGGUACAAUGCGACUGCGUUUAUUGCUACAGGUAACAAAGGGAUUAUGACUCGUCGCGCCGAUCCGCAUAGAUACCAGGCAUAUAUGUUCUGUAACCCAGAUUCCUCUGAGCGCCUGAAAAGCGCGAGCAAAGGCGACAUCGAAGACGAAAAGAAAGGAUUGGCAGAGGCCUUCCUCGGGGUUGGGUGGAAGACUAAUGAGAUUCUCAAAGGCCUGAUCGAUGCCGAUGACUUCUACUGUGAGCGGAUGGGUGUUGUGACGAUGGACUAUUGGUCUCAGGGUCGCAUUGCGCUGGUUGGUGAUGCAGCGUAUUGCCCGACCGCUAUGACGGGCAUGGGCACAACCUGUGCUAUGGCUGGCGCCUAUAUCCUCGCUGGCGAAAUCGGGAAGCACUGUGGCAAGGGCUUCCAAGGAGGAAUGCCAGUUCCCAAAAAUAGCAUCGAGAUUGCUCUGACCGAGUACGAGGAAAAGCUCAGGCCGUUCAUCAAUACAGUCCAGCGAGGGCUAACGGACAGUGACAAUUACAUGGACAAGUUCCCAUCGUCUCCUCUCGGCGUUCAGAUGGUUUACGUUGUCUUUUGGGUUGCAUCUUUGCUGAGGCUCGACUUUCUUGCCAAAUGGUUGUUGCGUGAAGAUACGAAGGGUUGGAAACUUCCGGAGUACAAGCAGAUGUUGGAUCAAUGUUGUAAAUUUAACCGAAGAUACUGCCACCAAUUCUCACUGUUUCGAACUUCUGACGACUGUUUAUAG